CUUUCCCUUAAUACACAAACAAACUCUUUGUUAGUAAUGACAUUUGACUAUGUCACAGAGAGGAAACUUCGACCUCUUUAUGAUGCUAUUGACGAUGGUCAAUUUAAACUUGCUUUACAACAUGCUAAUAAGUUAUUGAAAAAAACACCUAAUUGGUCUCUUGUCAAGGCUUUGAAAGCCAUAGUCUUAGUUCGAACUGGAAAAGAAGAAGAAGCAAAGGAUCUAUGUUUACAAGUGAAGAAAUCCGUUCCCACAGAUGACGCUUCCCUUCGAGCCAUUGGUAUGGCUUAUUCAGAACUUGGAAUGAGUCAUUGUAUGGUAGAUCUAUAUAAAAAUGUAUUCAAUGCUCAACCUAAGAAUGAAGAAUUUGGAGUACAAUGGUUUAUGGCUAUGGUACGAAACAAUGACUAUAAGGGACAACAACAAGCUGCUGUUAAAUUGCAACGUGUAUUCAAAAAGGACAAGUACUUAUUCUGGGCCAUUAUGUCAUUAGCUCUUCAGGGACAACACGGGAAUAAAUUAUCAUAUAUACUUGCGGAACGAAUGAUGACAAAGGCUCAAGAAGAAAAACGACUUGUGGAAGUGGAACAUAUGCGACUUUUCCUUCUCAUCUUGAUGGAUCAAAAUAAGUAUCAAGAAGCAUUGGCGUUAUUCGAUACUCCUCUUGGUGAAACAGCAUUACGUGAUCCUGAAGUGUGUCAAAUCAAGGUUGAAUUAGAACUGAAGAAUGAAAAAUGGGAUCAAGUCUUGGUAUCAAGUGAAAAAGCUCUCAAGGAAAACUCGGAUGAUUGGAUCAAUUGGCUUGCUUAUUUUGACGCUACUUUUGGUUUAUUAGAAAAAUCUCUAAAUAAACAAGAUGACACUAUUUUGGAUAAAACCAGAUCCUUAAUGGCCGAAUUGCAGCAAUCCACACUCACAUCCUCUUUAUUGAAACGAGGUCCCUUUUUAGCAGAGUUGGAAUUCGAUUAUAGAAUUCAAAAGAAUCUAUCCAUUGAUGAAAAACUGAUAUUGGAUCACAUUAUACUUUAUUUUGAACGAUUUGGUUCCAAGAGUUGCUGUUUUGAAGAUCUACAAACAUAUAUCACCUUUUUGCGACAAGAUAAGGAUAAAGCCAAAUCAUUUAUCUCUGCCUUACGGGAAACUAUCAAGGAUACUACUGAAAAGCCUGGAAAGAUAAAAAAUGUAUACAAAAAAGUCAACAUUUACAAAAUGGAGCGAUUCUUGGGGUUGAUUCCGAGUGAUGAUCUGAAAUCAGGAUUGUCUUAUGUGACAGAACUAUGGGAAUUAUAUCAGGAUGCACUACCUUUAGGCGAAGGACUUGAAAAGACCGAAUAUCAAUAUGGUGAUGAUUUUGUUGUUCUGGCUUCCCAUACGUUAUAUGAUCUCUACUUGGAAUAUAAGAAACCAGAAUUACUCAUCCAAGCUACUACUUUAUUGGAAAUGGCCUUAGUAAAAAGUAUCUACAAUUUUCAAAUCAAAUUGGCUCUCGUUCGAUUGUAUAUCGUUCUUGGUGUGUCAUCUCGUGCUUUCGCUAUCUACAAGACUAUGGAUAUCAAGCAAAUUCAAUUCGACACUAUGCUUCAUUACUUUACUGAUCGUCUUAUUUCCCUUGGUUGUGUCAAUGAAUUAGAAUCUCAUCUUUAUGAUUCAAUGAUGAUUUACAAAAGCAAUGAUGUAGAGACCCCUGAUAUGCUGGUCCAGGCUUACAAAUUCGGAACCUUCUCAAAGAUUCAAGAAUUCAUUGAAUUUCGAUCAAGAUUAGAUAAUUCGUUACAACAUGCUAUUUCUAGAAUCGAAUUAUUACGUGUAGAUGCUUUGAACUCCUCCUUUCAAUCCAAAUAUGCAGUUCAACACUUUCAAGAAUUGGAUAUUCCAAUGUUGAAAUUAGAUGAUGAAUAUAUAGCAAGCAAGGCAGACAAUAGAGACUUCAAGGUGAUGAUGAAUUGUAAUCCAAAUGGUCAACUCUCUGCUCAAGAACUGAUCAAGCCAGCUAUAUCGACCAAUUCUACUUGGCUUCAUUUGUUUUCUAUCAUCAUGCAAGUUUUGGUUGCAGCGUGUGAUACAAAGGAGACAAAAGAUCUUCCUGGUCUUGUUCAGAAGUAUACGGAAUUUUUACAAGAAAAAGAGUGGAAGGAAAAGGUUACCAUUCAAGAAUAUUGGUUGGCGAAUUAUGUACACUAUCUCUCUUUGGCUUUGGUUUUAAUGAAGGAUCCUAACACUCGCUCUACAGAAUCCGAAAAAACGGCUGAUUAUCUUCAAAAAUCGUUGACUCUAUUGGAAGAACAAGUCAAUCAAUUGGCGGAACAAGAUUUAGUAGCUUCCUGGAAUGGUUUCCACAAUAUAUCCAUCAUACUAGAGGCAUUCAAUUAUGGAUCAGUAUUAUUAGAAAUCAUGAAUCGUACUAUUGGAUUAACAAACAAAGACGCAAAGCGCAAGGCAUCCGAAAAUGAAAAUGGUGAUAUUGUUGCAAACAAGGUGAUGAUGAAUCAUGCUGUGGCUAAAAAAUCAUUACUUCAACUUCAAAUAAAGUGCCGUCAAGGAAAAGAAGCUUUUAAGCCUGCAUUACAAAAGAAAUUGAUCAAGGACAUUACAACAUCAGAUAUUGGUUUAGUUCUAUUUGAAAACAAGGUGAAUCAAAACUCUUUACUCGAUACCAUCAAACAAGUUGUAUCAAGUUGGAAUCAUUCUAUUACUUAUAUUGGUGAUGAAGUAGACCGAAGAAUCCUUAAAUUACAAUAGCUUAAUGUUAGUAUUAGUAAUAGUUUAUAUAGAUCAUUUAUUGGUUUUUUUUUCAUGUCAAUAGAAUUACGGGGUUGUUCCAAAAGUAAAAAAAAAAAAUAGUUUACUAUGGUGAUAUAAAAUUUGUUAUUUAAGACUUUGAAAGGAUACUAUUACAGGAAGAAAAUAAAGAAAAAGACGGAGAAUGAAAGUAGAGGAUUUUAACUUUUUUAAACAAUAACAUCAAAAAAGUGAUCUGAUGAUGUGGGGAUGUUCCUGGAUUUGGGGAUCCUGAUUUACGCUCAGUGAUUUAAUAAAAAUCAUGAAUUAUUCAACUAGUAUUGUCUUUUAUAAUUGAUAAGAUCUAAAAAAGAAAGGGAAAAAAAAAGACAUAAUGGAAUGUGACACUAUGAUGUUACAACCUGGAUUGUUUAAAAAAAA